AAAAAGGUCUACCUACACUCAUUAUCUUGACUAUAAGGCUAUGUACAGCUAGCUGAUUUUAUUUUCUUAAGGGAUGGUCUUGAUCCUUCUAGCCUUUUCCUUUAUCAUAGAACCGAUUGCUUCGGAUACGGGAAGUCCCGGAAGGAAAAAGUACAAUGCUGUGUUGCGGUCUCUCAGCUAAUUGCUUUAAUUCUAUUCCCGUUUCGGCAGACCUUUACUUCCUUUACAAACAAGUCAGAACUCAGGACCCAAAUUUUUCGUUUGCGGGAAAUCAUGAGCGAAACAUUGUUUGGUAAAUAACUAUGCAUAAGAAAUUAUGAAUCAGUGGGAUCUUAUAAUCAAGACGCCCCCAGACAUGGUGGUGGGGUCUGGUGCGGAUCACGGCGUUGCAGCUGAACUCAAAUCCUCUUGUGUAAGCAGUGCAGGUCAAACGGAUAAGCAAAUUCUGGACUACAGCCUUCAGAAAGAGGACGAAGCGUUGGGAAAUGGCGCCACUUGACCUGAAAACGAAAGACGUAAGCAAUCAUUCAGUAAUAUAAUACCUUUUUAGGUACUCCAUACAAGGAAUAGAACGACAUUCACGUAAGCUUUUUCUACUAAUAUUCUUUGAAAGUUCUAUUGUCUGCUAUCUUUAUAUAUAUGGAAUCUUCGUAAUAUGGUUUAGUGUCCUCUUAGGGUCCUGAGAGACGCUUAGAUGAGGACCAAGGGAAAACAUUCAGAAAAUAAUAGAAAA